UUAUAGACGACACCUUCAGCAGCAGCAGAAGAACAGACUCUGAUGAGAAACAAACUGCAACAUAAAGCGAAUGACUCUCCUCAAAAUGUCCUCUAACAUUUAUGAAGAACCGACUUGCUCCCCGACCGUGAGCUACAGCGAGGGAGUCCAAAAAGACGGAGCAGAAAGAGCAGAGAGUGUGGAGAGAGUGGUCGACAUCUACGAGAGCGCCGACAUAUCUACUCGAGAUUAUCUGUUAACACGAGAUGGAGUUUGUCUCUCAGGAGCACGCAGUCCAAAGCGUCCUCCUCCUGCGGUCCAAAGAAACCCUUUUAAAGCUGCCUCACUGAUCCUGGCUCUGCUUUGUGUCCUGCUGGUCGCAGCCGUCACUGUGCUGUCUAAACUCUACGAGCUCAACAUGACGUAUAAAACCAGUUACGAGGAGCUGAGCAACAGUUAUAGAAACAGUUUCUGCCAGUUUGAGACCACCAGCACAGGGUUUUGGAGAAGGUUUCGAUGCAGCUGCUAUUACCGAUCUACAGAGAUGAGAAACUGGAGUGAGAGCAGAGCGGACUGUGUGAACAGAGGAGCAGAUCUGGUGAUCAUCAACAGCCAAGAGGAACAUGACUUCCUCUGUGACCUGAAUGAACGUGGAGCGUCAUGGAUUGGUCUGCAGUCAGUAACAACGAAUGAUUAUCGAAAAGAGUGGGAAUGGAAAUGGGUGGACAGAUCGACGCCCAUACAACUCUUCUGGCAGAAAGACACCAAUGUGGAACCUGUGGAAGGGUCCAAAGUUUACAUCAAUCAGGGAGGAAAGAUGAGCCCAACCAACAACGGCUCGAGAGGAUGGAUAUGUGAGAAACCAGUCAACACAGACUGACAUGUAACGGUGAUUCUUUCCUGGUGACCUCACUAACGGUUAUGAAAUGGAUUUAAAUAUUCUGUCCCCAUGUUUAUGUCCAAAGCUUCUUGGUGUCAGAGUCUCACAUCCUGGUUCUACCCAGAUAUAGUCUGUUAGGGAAACACCGUGCAGACAGUCGCCUCUGCUAUUCACUGCACACCUGCCCAAAUGAAUGUGUGUAUGUACGCGUGUUGAGGAGAGGGGAAGUUACCAAAGCUAACCAACAACUUCUACAACACGUGUUAAUGUGUGUCCAGAUACUAGAGCAAUACAUCAAAUGUGUCUGUUGUUGAUAUUAAUAUCAUAAAUGUUCAGCUGCUGUAAGCUUUAUCAUGUUUGUCUCUCCAUGAACUCGCUCUCUUUAGCUUUUAGUGUUUUUGUUCCAUCAUGUCGGUCUGAGUCGCCUUAAACUCCAGCGUUUAGUCGGCUUGGAGGAUUUUAAAACCACGAUGAAGGAUCAUUAACGACUGUGUGCACAUGUUUCUCUGCAGAGCACUUCUGAUUUGUUUGAUGCUGCAGUCUCAAUAAAGUUUACAUUACAUGUUAAA